AUGAAAGACCUUGGUUCUCUCAGUUUCUUUCUUGGAAUACAUGCUCAAAAUCUGACUAAUGGCAUGCUGCUUUCCAAGUCCAAGUACACACUAGACCUUCUAUCUCGAUUCAAGAUGAUAGAUGCAAAAACACCUAUUCCAGCACGUUCUCAGCUAUUUGAGCAUCAUGGUGAUCCCUUGCAAAAUGCUACUGAAUACAGACAACUUGUUGGGGCCUUGCAAUAUCUCACUCUAACAAAGACCAAACAUAACCUACACAGUCAACCAGUUAUGUCAGUUUAUGCACAAUCCCACAACUGCCCACUGGACAGCAGCCAAGAGAGUAUGAAGAGACCUCAAAGGCUCACUCAACCAUGGAUUGUUAUUCACCAAAGGCUCAUUCACUCUCAAUGCCUGCUAGGAACCCAGAUGACAGAAGGUCAACAACUAGCUAUGCCAUAUAUCUUGCCCUUGUUUAAUCAACUGGAGUGCUAA